AUCAAGUCAUGGGGGUAAAUGUUACAGAGUUAAUGAUUGUUUCUCCAUAAAGUUACCUUUCGGUCAGGUGUGCUGUGAGGUUCAAAAAGCCGAACCCUCCACUGACAAGCGAUUCAUUGGCGCAUCCCCUAAUGUAAAAAGUAACAAGUGCCACGUGACAGUGUUGUUUGAGUGUGUUUUUUAAAGGCUGGAUAAUAUCUAGACCAGAAUCAUGAAAAUGACCAUCUUUAUCAGAGAAUGAACUAGUAAUACAUGGCGAAGAUUUUGAAAUAACAUAAUUAUAUUUAAUUUUAAUAAUUCAGUGCUUGCCAAACACAAGUUAAUUCCUUUUUUUACGUUUAAUGAAAAAACGCAUGUUUUUAUAGUGUUGUUUGUCAGCUCCGUUACGGACAAAUUAGGCAAUGUGUAGUAAUAACAGUAAAUCAUAACAGGACAAAUCCUUCUUGUUUCAUUAGACAAACAGUCCUUACAUUUCAACACUCCAAACUGAGAUAAUAUAACACUUAUGCAAUCCUUAAAAAUGAAUGAAUACCCGUGUCUUCUCAUAACUGUCCACUUGGAGCAAACGUUGUUCAUCUAAAAAUGUAUUAUAUACAAUAUCCAGUAAUAAUAAUACAGUAAAUAAAAACAAUAACGAAAUGUUGUUGAAAUAUUAUAGGAGUGCAAAAAUAAAUCAAUAAUGUUUAUGAGAUUUUAAACAAGAAUUUUAUUGUUUUUUGUAAAAAAAAAAAAAAACUUCAUAAACAGAGUCGACAUUUUCAGUAACAGAAUUGACAGAACUGUCCUGUCAAUUCUGUGGACUGUCAGUUCUGUUACUGCAUUGUCAGGAUUGUUACUCUGCCCUGGUAACAGAGUUUUAUGGUAACAGAAUUGACCAUUUCAUUUAUUUUUUGCCAAAAACUCCACUGGCUAGCAUAAAUGCUAAAAGCACAUGGCACUAAUGAAAUCAUGAUUAAAAGACCUAUAAAUAACACAAAGUUUGAUCAAUGAAAAAUUAUGUUUUCCUUUUGAUAUUGCGUUAAAUGUUUUGACACUUUAUAAAAUAACUCUUGGUGUAAGAAAUUUUUAGAUUAAAAUAUUUUCUCAGAGAGACCACAUAGACUUUUCAGUGCUUCAGAUUUUAUUAGUGAGAGAAAGUGACAUAAUUUCCUGUAUAUUGCAUGCAGGUAGGUUAAAUUAUAAGGAUAAUAUCUUAAAUAAUGCUGCUUGUGCAUAUCUUUACCACCUAUUAGCUUUAGUUUAUCAAAAUAUUGUGCCCUUUCCUGCUUACUAAAUCCUUCUCUAUAUGAUUUAGCAGCUUCCACGUUUUGUGCAUAGUUUAGACAGCAUAAAUUAUCAGGAAAAUGUAUUCAGUAGUACAUUAACCGUGCAAUUAAUGCUGUUGUUUACAUCCGAGUAUCUCUAAUGUAGCUGUGCAUCCGGGUAACUGACUAAACCGUGACAUAAGUGCAAACCGUUUGCUACGCUCUGCACGUUUUAUACAGUUUAACCAAAUAACCAUUCUUUUCUCGUUAUUAUUCUAAUAAUAAAACCACAAUGGGAGAGCAUAAAUAAAAAAGCAAAUGAAUGUAUCACUUUAAAUCACAAAUAAAUCAAUUAAAAAUACUUAGUCUUCGUCACUUUUUCAUUCCGUCUCUUUUAGUGUUAAUGCACUGCCAUAUAUUUCCUAUAUUAGCGUCAAUUAUCGGUUUUGCAUUUACCAUUAUAAUAGCUUCGCCUGAUUUUGUGUGAGAAGAGAAACUCAUUGAACGCCGACUGUUGUCCAUAGGACGGACCUCAAGGGAGCAACUUGCGGUCGAAUGUGGAGCGAUUGGAGAUGGAAAGCACAGCAGAAACAGAUCUAGAGCCGUUAAAGCUGAAAUCUUUAAAAACCGACAAGACGUUUGUAAUACCGCACAGAGAACGGUUAGGGAAAUGCAGGAGUGUGAAGGAGUUUGAGAAGAUGAAUCGGAUUGGAGAGGGAACAUAUGGCAUCGUGUACCGAGCACGUGAUACAAGGACAAAUGAAAUUGUUGCCCUGAAGAAAGUGCGAAUGGAUAAAGAGAAAGAUGGAAUUCCCAUCAGUAGUUUGAGGGAAAUUAACUUGCUGCUCAGAUUGAGACACCCAAACAUUGUGGAGCUGAAAGAAGUGGUGGUUGGAAGCCAUUUGGAGAGCCUCUUUCUGGUGAUGAGUUACUGUGAGCAGGAUCUGGCCAGUCUGCUGGAAAACAUGCAGUCACCUUUCUCUGAAGCUCAGGUGAAAUGUAUAGUUCUUCAGCUGCUUAAAGGACUGGCGUAUUUACAUCACAACUUCAUUCUUCACAGGGAUUUGAAGGUUUCCAAUCUACUGAUGACAGACAAGGGCUGUGUUAAGAUAGCUGACUUCGGUCUGGCGCGUGUUUACGGUAUCCCGUUACAGCCCAUGACUCCUCGAGUAGUCACACUAUGGUAUCGAGCCCCAGAGCUCCUCCUAGGGACCAAGACGCAGACCACUGCCCUGGACAUGUGGGCCGUUGGCUGCAUCUUUGCUGAGCUUCUUGCCCAUAAACCUCUUCUGCCUGGAUCUUCGGAGAUCCAGCAGGUGGAUUUGAUCGUGCAGCUGUUGGGAACACCUAACGAGAGCAUCUGGCCGGGCUUCUCACGCCUGCCGUUGGUCGGGCAGUACAGUCUGAGGAAGCAGCCCUACAACAACUUAAAGAACAAGUUUACCUGGUUAUCAGAGGCUGGUUUGAGACUGCUCAACCUGCUGUUUAUGUACAACCCACAGCGGAGAGCCUCAGCUAAAGAUUGUUUAGAAAGUUCCUACUUCAAGGAAAAGCCUUUGCCAUGUGAACCAGAGCUGAUGCCCACAUUUCCACAUCACAGAAACAAACGGGGCGGCUCUGUGACAGAAAACCCGUCCAAAAGAAGCAAAGUAUAACAUUAUGCUGCCUGAUAAACUGAUCAGUGACGCUCGUCACCGAGAGCUUUCCAAAUGGACAUUUUUGUUCUUAUUCUGUAACAUACUGAAUAAAUUACAUUAAAGUUUAGACUUAAAGACAUGAGAUACAUUGUAAAUAAUGCAAAUAAAUAUAGUUAGACUAGUUAUACUUGAACAGUGCUGCUGCUUUUUUGUAUAAAGAUUAAAAAAUGUUUUCUGAUCUGAAUACAUUGUAAUGUAAUGUGAUUUAUUUUUUUAUUAAAACGUCACCUUUGCUGUUGA